GGGCCACCCUCCUCCAGAAUGAGGAAGGAGGCUGGGCGGCCACUGAGAUCUUGCUCACGCUCACGGCUGUGCUGUGGUGAGCCUUCCCGCGCUCGGCCGACCCUCUGCGACGUGGCCUCGGCUGGCCGGAAGCCUCAAAGCCAACCUGUUGGGCCAGGUCCGGGCAGGUUAGGGUGGGCGGGAGCUUCCUCCCCUCCGCCCUCUUCGUCCCCACCCGGUUCCCAGCAAGAAGGCCUCACUGCAGGCCCAGCAGGCACCCCGGGGCCCCAGGUGGGCACGGUACAGUCCUUGGGGGGCGGCCGGGCUGGGGGGCCCUGCGCAGCAAGGGGCCGGGGCGAUGCCCCCUGGUGCGCCCUGAGGCACCCCACCAUGGCCCGCUCGCUGGCCUGGUCCUGCUGCCCCUGGUGCCUGACGGAAGAGGAGAAGACCGCGGCCAGGAUCGACCAGGAGAUCAACAAAAUUCUCCUGGAGCAGAAGAAGCAGGACCGCGGGGAGCUGAAACUGCUGCUGCUGGGGCCUGGCGAGAGCGGGAAGAGCACGUUCAUCAAGCAGAUGCGCAUCAUCCACGGCGCUGGGUACUCGGAGGAGGACCGUAAGGGCUUCCGGCCGCUGGUCUACCAGAACAUCUUCGUGUCCAUGCAGGCCAUGAUCGAGGCCGUGGAGCAGCUGCAGAUCCCCUUCGGCAGGCCCGAAAGCAAGCACCAUGCCAGCCUGGUCAUGAGCCAGGACCCUUAUAAAGUGACCAUGUUCGAGAAGCGCUACGCUGUGGCCAUGCAGAGUCUGUGGCAGGACGCAGGCAUCCGGGCAUGUUAUGAGCGAAGGCGCGAGUUCCACCUGCUGGACUCUGCUAUUUACUACUUGUCCCAUCUGGAGCGCAUCACUGAGGAAUGCUACAUCCCCACUGCCCAGGAUGUACUGCGGAGCCGCAUGCCCACCACCGGCAUUAAUGAAUACUGCUUCUCUGUGCAGAAAACCAACCUGCGGAUUGUGGACGUGGGUGGCCAGAAGUCGGAGCGUAAGAAAUGGAUUCACUGCUUUGAAAACGUCAUCGCCCUCAUCUACCUGGCAUCACUUAGCGAGUAUGAUCAGUGCCUGGAAGAGAACAACCAGGAGAACCGCAUGAAAGAGAGUCUGGCCCUGUUCGGGACCAUCCUGGAGCUGCCCUGGUUCAAAAGCACCUCAGUCAUCCUGUUCCUCAACAAGACCGACAUCCUGGAGGAGAAGAUCUCCACCUCCCACCUGGCCACCUACUUCCCCAGCUUUCGGGGCCCCAAGCAGGACGCGGAAGCCGCCAAGAAAUUCAUCCUGGACAUGUACAGGGGAAUGUACAAGGGCUGCGUGGACGGCCACGAGGGCAGCAAGAAGGGUCCGCGCUCCCGCCGCCUCUUCAGCCACUACACAUGCGCCACGGACACGCAGAACAUCCGAAAGGUCUUCAAGGACGUGCGGGACUCGGUGCUGGCCCGCUACCUGGACGAGAUCAACCUGCUGUGACCCACGCGGCCCCCCCCCCCGCAGUGACACCUGCUGGGCAGGUGGAUCCCAGACGUUCCUGGCUCUCCAGGCCCAGGUGGCAGAAAAGCCCUCCCUGCCUCUCACCUGGACAGUACCUCCCUUGACUCAGUUUACCUCUUUGGAAAUGAGAAGUGGAGCAGAAUAGCCAUUGGGGAUGCCAGGGAGGAGGAAAAGGUGAAGACAUCAAGGGGACCUAAGACGUGCAUGGGUGGAUGUCUCUUAGGGACCCCACCUUCGAGUGUGUCACUCCCCUGGGGGUGACGCUCACUUGGGAUGGCCAUACUGCCUUCAGGAGCAGACUCUGCCGCCCCCUGGUGGAUAUCGGGAGGAACGCCUUACUGAGCUCUCGGCCAGGGGGCUCGGUUAACUAUUGCAGGACUUUCCCUGGCUAGGGGACAAGAUCGCUGAGAAGUGCUGUCCCUUCUAUGGCCUCUAGCCUCAUAGUGUCCUGCCCCGUUUGCAGAGGAGGGAAACCGAGGCACAUAAACAGAGAUUUCCCUACCAGGCUGGGAGCCAGGGAUACACCAUGCAAAUAGCCUUCUGUAUUUAUUCCCUCACCUUUCGAGGUAGACAUUAAAGAAAGGACACUCCAGAGACCCGUGGUUUCUUAGGACCGGUGUCAGCAGCCUCCUGUUGUUCCCCACCCCAUUCUCUUUCCCGGUUACCUGGGCAGGUGCAGUCGUAUACAGGAGGGGGGACAACAUGUGUUGGGAGGAGAAAGGUUUGAUUUGUUAUCUGGUCACUUGUGUGGGUGCAGCACCCAGAGCUCUGCUGGAUGGUGAUGAUUUUGAGGAAUAAAUCUGAGUCUAGGGCUGGGGAUUUA